GGGCGGGCGGGCGGGAGGUGGUGCCGGUGCUGCUGCCGCUGUCGCACCGCUUUGUCGGGAGCGCGCCGGACACCCGAUCCGCGCGCUGACGAGCGAGAGCGCCCUGAAUAAUGAAGCGAUGUGUGCGCGCCCUCCCCUCCUCCCUGCUGCCCGCGCCCCGGUGCCUGCCUCCAUCCCCUUACCCGCUGCGCCUCCCUCCCCGCUGCCCGGCGCGGUCUCCCAGGCCGUGACGGGGGUCAGCUUGGAAGGCGUGGAUCUUCGCUGCGCGCUGCGGGACGGGGUCGCGUUGUACAGGCUCGUCAGCGCGCUGGUCCGCGAGCACGCUGAGUGGAACCCCCUGGAGGAGCCAGAACCCCUGGAGGAGCAGGGGUUCCACCGCGCGUUCAGGAGCGGCUGUGCACGCCUCGGAGUGCGGAGCUCCCAGCUAUUUGACCCCUGCUGUGACCUGAACGUCGAACCCCUCACGGCAGAGGAGCAGGAAGAGGAGGAGGAAGAGAGGAGGCUGAGGAAUGUGCUGACCACCAUCUACUGCCUGGGAAGAGCAUCCGAGAGCGUCAGCCGUGUCCCCCGUCUAGACAAGGGGGUCUUCACAGGGGUCCUAACGGGGGCUGUCGGCGAGGACCCGAGCGUCACCCGCCCCUCACCGGGGCUCCACCGCGACCCGGAGUCCCCGGGCUUCCCCCGACCCCCCGCGGCGUCGCACGCUCGCGGCCGCUCCUACGGCUGCGAGCGGCUCCCCUCGCCGGCGGUCCCCGGCCACGAGGCGCCGAGCGCCCCAGCCGGCGGCAGCGGCUCCGCGGCGUCAGUGAGCCCCGACGCGGCCCGGCGGGAAGACGACGACAUGUCUGCCAGGCGCUCCUCCUUGGGCUCCGAGCCGCGACCAGCCUUGCCCUUCAACCAGUUCCUCCCGGGCAAACAGACCCAGAGUCAGCCCGCGGGGCAGCAGCAGCAGCAGCAGCAGGCGGCGCCCCCAGGGCAACCCGCGCACAUCCCUGCGCCGCUGCGCCGCAAGCGCGCGGACGUGAGGCAGGAGGAGGCGGCGCGGCAGCCCGAGAGACCCGGAGCGCCGGGGGCGAGGGUGGGGGCCGGUGUGGGGCCUCCUCCCCCGGGGGUUAGCGGAGACCGGCGGCGUGCGCCCGCGAAGGCGGCGUGCGAGAGCGGCUCCGAGUCGGAGGGCGAGGUUCGAGACCCGGACCUGGAACGGGACGACCUGGCGGUGCGCGCCCUGCACGUGGCCGGGAGCCACGGGUACACGGGGCCCGUGGCGCUGCCCCACGCCGGUCCCCGCACCGUGGGACCCUUCUACGGCACCGGGAGCGUGACCCCGACGCCCGGAGGAGCGACGAGCGCGGGGAGCCAUCCGGCAGCAGCAGCAGCCGAGGAAUCCCCCUGGCAGUGGGACUCUGAUGAUGACGAGGGGGACGAGGGGGAGUUGGCGGGGGAGCGCGUCGACGGCAGCGGAGGCGGCCAGCGGAGGAGACGAGCCCUGCCGGACGUGCGCAAGGACGACCUCGCCUCCCGACGCGCCCGGCUGCACGACGCGGCGCGCGGGGCCCCCGCCGUGCCGCCCGCCCGCUUCGUGCCGGCCUCUUCGUGCCCCGAGGACGCGCGCCGCUGGGACGACAUGCUGCAGGCGUCGCGUCGCUUGCGCGAGCACGCCAUCCAGCAGCUGCAGCUGCAGCGCAGUGGCAAAGAGGGGGCCGCCGAGGGAGACGCCGCCCAUGGGGGGGGCGGCCCGCCAGGCCUCUCUCCCGAGGGGGAGCCCGCGGCCGCGCCAGCCCCAGCCCCAGCUGUGGGCCCCCGGAGAGUCGUGGUGCGGCCAGACCCCGAGAGAGACGACCUGGCCAAGCGUAAAGCACAGGUGGCCCAGGCCCGAGGCCCCGGGCCGCACGGCCCCCCCAACGCGUGCCAGGCGGGGGCCACGGACGCCGACCUCCACACUUGGCAGCGCCUUCAGUUGUCGGGAGAGGUGGCCAGCCAAGGGGACGCGGCCUCCACCGCCGCCGCCGCCGCCGCGGUUCAGGUCGUGGACGCGGAGGUGGCGACACGCGACGACCUUGCCAAGCGCCGGGCACGGGCCCCGAGCUCCGGGCCCCAACCACAGCUCCUCUCUUCGGGGCCCAUGUCCCGCAAGGACCUGGAGCGGUGGCAGAAGCUUCAGAUCGCCCGCGAGGGAGACGAAGGCGGCCGCGGUGGGGAAGAGCUGGAGGAGGAAGAGGAGGCGGGCGCGGGCGGGGAGAAGCAGGGAGCGCAAGGCAAGGCCUCGGGGCCGCACUCGCACGUCACCAGCUCGGGGGCAAUGUCGCAGAAGGACCUGGAGCGGUGGCAGAAACUGCGGAUCACGAGCGAGAAAGACGAGGAGGAGGUGGAGGAGGCGGCAAAAAAGCACGCGGCGGAUGAGCCAGUUGCAGCGACAGCGCCUCUGGUUGCACACAAACAGCAGCCACAGCAGCCGCAGCAGCCGCAGCAGCAGAAAGCGCCAGGGCAGCACCCCAAGGUGGCGUCGGGUCCCAUGACGGAGAAGGAUCUGAUCAGGUGGCAGCGGUUGCAGAUCUCCCGGGAGGAGGGCGAGAAGGGAGCGCCCCUCGCCGAACCCGGCCCCGAGAAGGCCCCGCACGCGGCCACGAGCCCGGUCAGCGGCGGCACGGGAGCGCACCACGCGCAGUUCGUGAGUGCGGGCGCCAUGACCGAGAAAGAUCUGCUCAAGUGGCAGCGCCUGCAGAUCUCCAGGGAGGAGGAGGGCGAGCAGGAGAAAGGCAGUGGGCAGAGAGACGAGGGCAAAAGCGGCUGCUCCGCCACUGUGAGCGACAAACUCAGGGCGCCCGCCUCCUCCUCAUCCCCGGGGAAGUUCGUGGGCACGGGGGGCGGCAUGACCGAGAAAGAUCUCCUCCGGUGGCAGAAGCUUCAGAUCGGGAAAGGAGAAGAGGGCGACGCGGAGGGGGAGGGACGCGCCGCCGCCUCCCCGGAGCCAGCGCAGCCGACGCGCCCCGCCCAUCCCCAGCCUCACAGCGCGCCGAACACGACCCCGCAGAAACAAUUCGUGAGCGCCGGGCCCAUGAGCGAGAAGGAUCUGCUCAGGUGGCAGAAGCUCCAGAUCGUCAAGGAGGAGACGGACGAGGAGGAGGCGGCGGCGGUGCCAGUGCCCCGUGACACGGGGACUCGAGCGGCCGCUCCUGCAGGGGUUCCUGCAGCUUCCCAGCCGAAGAAGUCGCUGCCCUAUUCUCAGCAACAGCAGCAGCAGCAGCAACAGCAGCAACAGCAGCAGCAACAGCAGCCGCAGCAACAGCAGCAGCAACAUCAGCCGCAGCAACAGCAGCUGGAGAGCAGCGCGAAAGGAGUUCUGAUUGGCACCGCGUGGAGCAAAGGCGUCGCCUUGCCGAGACUCGAGAUCCCCCCGGGGUGGGAGAGGGAAAUGCAAGCAGCGAUGGGAGGAGGCUCCCCCGAUGAUUGGAAGUUCCUGCUCUACGAAGAGAUGAGGAUGAGCGAGGGCGACCAGGGUGAGGGACCCGAACCGCACAGCCGACAGCACCACGAGGAACUGCAGCGCGUCCACGCCAUGCUGAGAGAGGACCAGGAGCGCUGGCAGGAGGACCUCGCCCGCUGGAAGAGCCGGAGACGCAGCCUGUCCCAGGAGCUGAUCAAACGCAAGGAGGAGCGGGAGGAGCGGGAGCGGCGCGGAGGAGACGGGGAGAGCAGCAGCCGCCUGCGCAGCAUCAAAACCUACCGCGAGAUGCUGCAGGAGAAGUCCCGGCGCGAGCGCGAGCUGCAGGACGCGUACCGCCACGCGCGCUCCGAGGAGGAGGCGCGGGAGAUCCUGCGCAGCUACCAGGAGCGCUUCCUGCAGGACUUUGCGGGCGAGAGCUACGAGGCGCCGGCCUUCCUGCACCCCCAGCAGCAGCCGCAGCAGCCGGGGGCACCCCCACGCGGCGCGCAUCCCGACGCGCCCCCGCGCCCGUGCGUUCCCUUCCUACGGCAACGCUCCGAGCCGUGCCCCUCCCCGACCGGCGGUCCCCCGAGCCACCGGCCCGGGGGAGAGGCGCGCGUAGGCGGCGCCGCGCCGGCCCCGGAGUCGCCCUUGACGACUCCGGGGCACGCGCCCACGCCUCCUCCUCGCUCUUCAUUCGCGAAGAGCGCCCCCGCCCCGGGGGACGCGGCGGUGGCGACGGCCGAGGCGGCGUCAGAGGCGCGAGGGACGCGGAGCGGAGCUUCGCCGGUCCCCGCUGGGUCCCCCACGGGCGGCCCCGGGUCUCCGGGGUCCGUGGCCGCGCGCGCCGCCGCCGCCUCCUCCUCCUCCUCCGCGGCGCGCCUCCUGCCCGUGUUCGCGCCUCGUCCCUACCGGGCACAGCCCGUGAAGCUGCAGGCCAUGCUGCGAUAUCCGAAGACGGGGGAGGAGAGCUCGGCUCCGAACGGGAGCGAGGCCAAGGGGCAGGGCGCGGCCACUCGCGGCGCCCGGGGAGCCGUGAUCCCCCCCUGGGAGGCGCCCCCCGCGACGGACGCCGGGGGCGCGGGGCCCCGGAACCCCGAAACCCGGACCCCCACGACCCCCGCGGCGUCCGCUGGGAUGUGGAUGCCCCCGGCGGGAGGGGUCACCGGGAGCGCGCUCGGCACCCUGAGUCCGUAUCGCGAAGCUGGACCAGCCAAUGGACUGGGGACCAAGGGGCAGAGAGACGGCGUGGCCGGCGCGACGGGUGGCGGAGUCGACGUCCGCGGCGCAGACGCCCCUGUUGAGGGAAUCCAGGGGCCUGGUGCGCGGAUGGGCAAUUGGACCUGGGACCUUGAGGCGGAGAGGAGUCGGCAGGAGCGGUGGCAGCAGGAACAGGAGAGGCACCUCCAGGAGCGCUACCAGCAGGAGCAGGAGAAGCUGCGCCAGGCGUGGGAGCGCUCCCAGCGCGAGGUGGAGAAGGAGGAGAGGCGGUAUCACGAAGAGGAGAAGCGAAUCCUGGCAGAGACGAUCGCUCCCCUGACCCCGCACGCUCUGCUCGCCGCCCCUCCCGGCGUGACUAUCAAGUCGACGCCGACCUCGCAGAGCCGCGCCGAGCCCCCCGCGUUCCACAUAGAGACGCGCGGGAAAUUGUCCUCGCUUCACGGGGGGGCCAAGGUUGCGGGGGACCCCCCUCACGCGGGAGGGGGGGCUCACGAAGCCAACGAGAAGACGGAGAAGGAUGAGGUGGAGAUGGAGCGCGCCGAGCAGCACAACAGGGACGAGCUGCGACGCCAGUUCGAGGAGCAGAAGCGGUCGCUGGAGGAGCAGGUGAUGGGCUUCGAGGAGGAGGAGAGGAGGAGGAGGUGGCAGGAAGAAACGAGGAGGUGGAAGGAGGCUCCGGGGGGCGCUGGGCAGGGCGCCGUGGGUGCCACGGAGGGCGGCGAAGAUUCGCAGCAGUCCGUGCGACUCAAGGCGAUGCCGGAGGGAGUGGCGGGCACGACCCCCACCCCGCCCCCCGAGCGGGGGUCAGCGCCGACGUCUCCCAGCAGGUCCGUGAGCGGCAGGAAGCUGUGCACGGCGUGUGGGUGCCCCCUGGGGAAAGGCGCCGCUAUGAUCGUUGAGUCCGUGGGUCUAUACUACCACAUGGAGUGCUUCAAGUGUGGCGUCUGUGGCCGGGCGCUGGCUGCGAGCGCGACGGGGACGGGAGCGGGGACGGGAGCGGACGUUCGCAUUCGGGGCGCGCGGCUGCACUGCGCCACCUGCUACUCCCGUGCGAGAGCCGGGAAACCCACGGCCGUGUGACGAGCGGGGAUCUCACCUGAACCCGGCCCUCGAUUCAGCUCCACCUGAUCCAGCUCCAGCGGAUCCAGCUAAUCCAGCUCCAGCCGAUCCAGGUCCAGCUGAUCCAGCUCCAGCUGAACCAGAUCCACCUUUACCAGACCCUCUCCUUG